CAAGAGUAACAAAAUGUGGCGGAAUGUUGUUCACAUAUGUCUGCUUUUCUGUCCGUUGCAAGCUUUGGAAUGGAUUGAUGAAUCAGGCAGCACAGGUAGAGAGGGUGAAGAUGAAGCCCAUUCAAUUGAGGGAAGAAAUCAUCCACAAAUUUGUCCCGAAGAAACUUACUUUGAUUCCGUUCAUAGAGUUUGCGCGGUUACGAAUGUAAUAACUUGUCAAAAAGAUGAUCUUAAAGCAGAUCCCGAAGAUUGUAAAGGCUAUUUUCAGUGCAUCAAAGGAGAUUAUGUUAAAUUGCAGUGUGCCAAUGGCAGCUACUUCAAUUCGACCAUCAAGACUUGUGUGGUUGAUGUUCAGGGCAAUUGUGAUGGCACUUGCACUGAAAGUUCAUUGACAGAGAAUCCCGAUGACUGUGCACAAUAUUACGAGUGCAUUGGGGGAAAGUUCGUUCAAAUUAAGUGCCCAAGUGGCAGUUACUUCAAUGCCAACUUGGACAGCUGUGUUAUCGAUGAGAAUGGCAUUUGUUCUACUUCGUCAUUGAAGAAAUUCAAGUAGAUGGAUUUAAGAAAUUUAAUUGAUUUUACAUUUCAAUUUCUCAAGUAUCUGCCUAUAUCGUUAAAUAAUAUAAAUCUAAUAUUAAAGUAAUUUCGUAUGAUGAAA